AAAAAAAAAAAAUAUCAGGAAGGAAAUGAGAAGAAUUGGGAUAAUGUCUGGUUAUGCCUCGUUUGGAUCUUUUUUCAUAUUUCUUUUCUUCUUUCUCACUAGCUUCAGAGCUUCUGCUCAAGAUCCCAAUUACGUAUACCACAUCUGUCCAAAUACGACAAAUUAUUCAAGAAACAGCAGUUACUUCACCAAUCUCAGGACCCUCUUGUCCUUUCUUUCUUCCGACAGUCGCUCUUUCUCCAACGGAUUCUAUAGCACCGCCGCAGGUCAAAAUCCUGACGUGGUUUUUGGACUUUUCCUUUGCCGCGGUGACCUCUCGCCGGAAGUUUGCCGUAGAUGCGUCAACUUUUCCGUCAACGACACAUUAAAUCGGUGUCCAAAUCAGGGAGAGGUCACGCUCUAUUACGAUGAGUGUAUGCUCAUAUACUCUAGUCGGAAUAUUCUCUUGAACUCUUCACUUGGUAGUGGAGUUAUCAUGUGGAACACCCAGAAUGUUACAUCGAACCAAACAGGGUUUAUAGAUUUGGUGUCAUCCACGAUGAACCAAGCCGCCCUCGAGGCAGAGAAUAGUUCUAGAAAGUUCGACGCAAGAAAAGUGAAGUUUACGGCAUCACAGACUUUGUACGGACUUGUUCAGUGCACUCGUGAUCUGACGACACAAGAGUGUUUGAGCUGUCUGCAACGGACCAUCAAUCAGUUACCUACUGACAAAAUUGGGGGAAGGUUUCUUGUGCAGAGCUGUAAUGCAAGAUACGAGCUUUACGCGUUUUACAACGAAUCCGCCGUUGGGACACCUCAACCGCCGCUGAGUUCAGCUCCUCCUCCACGGCCUGGAAAAGGAGGAAACUCCACUGUCAUAAUCAUCUCUGUUGUUGUUCCAAUCUCUGUGAUUAUUCUUCUUUCCGUAGCUGUGUUUAUUGUCCGGAGAGCUAAGAAAAAAAAGACGAUUUAUGAGACGGAACCACUUACUGAAGGCAAGGAUGAUAUUACAACUGCAGGCUCACUUCAGUUUGAUUUUAAGGCUAUUGAGGCAGCGACAGAUAAGUUUUCGGAAAGUAACAAACUUGGUCAAGGUGGAUUCGGUGCAGUUUACAAGGGUACAUUUCCUAGUGGAGUACAAGUUGCGGUGAAGAGGCUAUCAAAGACAUCAGGACAAGGUGAAAGAGAGUUCGAAAACGAAGUUGUUGUUGUGGCAAAGCUUCAAUAUAGAAAUUUGGUAAGGCUACUUGGUUUUUGCUUGGAAGGACAAGAGAAGGUACUUGUCUACGAGUUUGUGCCCAACAAAAGCCUCGAUUACUUCCUUUUUGACUCUACGAUGCAGAGCCAGCUAGACUGGACUACACGAUACAAGAUCAUAGGAGGAAUUGCUAGAGGGAUACUAUAUCUUCAUCAAGAUUCACGACUCACAAUCAUACAUCGUGACCUCAAAGCGGGUAACGUCCUCUUGGACGCUGAUAUGAACCCCAAAGUUGCAGAUUUUGGAAUGGCGAGAAUUUUUGGAAUGGACCAAACAGAAGCCAAUACAAACAGAGUAGUUGGAACCUAUGGCUAUAUGUCUCCCGAGUAUGCGAUGUAUGGCCAAUUCUCUACGAAAUCAGACGUCUACAGCUUCGGGGUAUUAGUUCUUGAAAUUAUAAGCGGCAAAAAAAACAGCAGCCUCUAUCAAAUGGAUGGUCAUUCUGGCAAUUUGGUUACAUAUACUUGGAGACUAUGGAGCAAUGGGUCACCGUUAGAGCUUGUGGAUCCAUCCUUUCAAGAAAACUAUCAAACAGACGAAAUUACAAGGUGCAUCCAUAUUGCUUUACUAUGUGUUCAAGAGGAAGCUGAAGAUCGUCCAACAAUGUCAGCAAUCGUCCAGAUGCUCACUACUAGCUCUAUUUCUCUUGCUGUACCCCAACAACCUGGAUUUUUCUUUCGAAGCAGGGAUGAACAAGUAGGUAAAGUAGGUCCAUAUGUGCAUACGUCUGCUCUCUAUUCUGUGGGCGAUGCUUCCAUUACUAGUGUAGAUCCUCGUUGAAGACAAAAGCAUUUCAUCACUGUAAAAGUUAUGAUAUAUGAUUCUAGACUCUUAUGCAUCGACUAUAUACAGAGAUUCAUGUGUAUUAAAAUUAUUUCCAUCGUUC